UCAGAGGUUGUAGAAAUAAGUAUGGCUUGUAUAUUUAAGCGCAAGUUUAGUUCACAUUGAUAGGCGAACGAGUAGAAAUAUAUUCAAUUUCGUCCAUAAUCACCACAGCGGAAACGAAACAAGGAGAUCUGGACAAGUUGCGGGACUGAAUUUUUAGCUGGAUAUAAGUUGUCGCUUUCGUUUGCCAACUUUUGGGCAAUGAACCGAUAUGAUUACUACGCGCCAUCAAUUUUGAAGGUGACGUAAUUUUUCGAUGAGUUCUUCAGUGUGUUUCUGCCACGUGGGAAUAAUUUUUUAAGUGUUUUAACGCGAAUUGCAAUUAAUUUCCAAACCAUGUCGUGGGUCGGCUGGAAUGCUGCUAGCGCACCACCUUUGGGUACAGUAGCAACACCGACUGAAUCUGUGACGCCAGGCGUGCAGUACACUCCCGAACAGUGGGCCCAAAUGCAGCAGCAAAACUGGCAACAAUGGGCUCAAUGGCAGCAACAGUACCAGCAAUGGCAUCAACAGUACGGAGCCGAGUAUCAAAAAUCGAUGAAUGCGCUUUCUCAAAACGCCGCGGUCGCGCCUCUGGUGAACACCAACGCUCCGCCUCCACUUCCCACCGAAAGCAAACCGCCUCCGCCUCCACCACCUGACGAUAGCUCGCCGGCCGUCCCAUACGCUAGCGCUCCGCCCAAAACCGCGGGUUAUUCGACGGUCGCGACCCCCCAACCCGCUUCAUUCAACACGACGGCCGCCCAUUACAAGACGGGACCCCAGUACAACGUGCCGCCUCCCCAAUUUCAAGCCGCCUCCCAGUUUAGGAACCAGAGACAGCCGGGCGCUUGGCAAAAUUCCAAUAAGAGAACGUUCGGACAGCAGGGGACGCAGUACGAGGGCGGUAAAAGGCAAAUGCUGGACAAUCAGUACGCUAACAAAGAGAAAACCUGGGCUAACGUCCAGCAGCCGCAGCCGCAGCCGCAGCAGCUGCAACAGCAGCAGCAGCAAACGCCGAAGAUCUUGAACCUGGAGGAGUUGACGGAGGCGGAAAAGAAAUUCGACAAGGAGUUCGCCGCGUGGGAGGCCCAGUUCGACAAAUGGAAGGAGCAGAACGCGAAUCACCCUGACAAAACGCAGUACAUGGAGUACGAGAAGAAAUGGGAGUCCUGGCGGAACUCGCUACUCGACAGGCGCGAGCAGAUGAGGAAGAAGCGGCUCGCGCUGCUCGCCGCCCCCGCGGGCUCGUCCAAAAACGAUCAGCCGGCAGAAAUGUUCACCAAACCUCCCCCGACUCAGAAUAACGAACCUCUGAGUUUCAAGCCGGCUAAAGGGUUCCCGGGGGAGGAGCUGCUUCAAAACGAUGCCGGGUUCUUGAAAGGCUCCUCCCCUAACGCGGGCGGCAUCCCCGGUCUGGAUCUGGUGAGAGACGACGACGUCAAAGAGGAGGAGCAACGCACUCGCGAGAGCGUCGCCGAACCUCACGCCGCCAAAGGCCCGGACCUGGACGCCAUUUCGAAGGGGAUCAAUUCGAUAUUGGGCGACCCGAAACUGAUGAACAUGCUGUCAAUGGUGUCGCAGAAUCAAAACCUCAACGCGGCGAAGGUACCUGCGAUUCCGCGUCUCAUGGAUUUGGCGCCCCCCAUCUUCGAGCAGCCCGAUCCGGAGGACUUCUCGGAGAACCAGAGAGAACUCGUCACCAAUUUCGACGACCAGACCAGGAUGAGUUUCACCAACGGUCCGAGCGAAGAUUACAAUAACGGUUUCAACGGCAGAUACAGAGAGAGAGUGAACUUCAAUAAAAUCGGCAACGGUUUCAAUCGUAACAGAGGAGGCAGGAACAGGGCAGGCGGUUUCAAUCGCCACGACCGUUUCGAUAAUUUCGGCAACGACAGGUGCGAGGAUUACGAAGAGGACAGCCACAAUAACAAUUACGAAGAGUGGAACGACGAAGACGACUACGACAAGUUCCACGAGAGGUUCAACGACGGCGAUAGCGGAGAGAACGGGGUACCGUCCGCCUUUACGCGAGGCGAAGGGAUACCUCCGGACGGUGCGGUCGAAGCCGCCGUACCCGCGUCUGAGGAGGAGGAGUUGUUCGUGCCGGAGAUAGUGGUCGAUUAUGAACACAAGUCCAUCAGACCAGCGGAGCCGGAAAUCGCGCUCGAGCCGAUCUACAUGUUCGAUUACCGUCACAAGCCCGUCUCCCGGAUCCCCUACCCGCAAAGGCCGAGAUGGUUAUACGACGCCGUCAAAAAUAUCAGGCAAUUCGAUCCUUUGGGAGGCGGCAGGUUCGGUUUCGAGCAACGCAAACCCGAUUUCGACAAGUCGCGUGCGUUCGAGGCAGACAUUUUCGAAAGGCGACCGUCGCGUUUCGAGACAUCCGAGCGUUUUUCGCAUCCGAAGGACAAUAACUACACGAACGAUAGAGAAUACCGCGUUCGGUACAAAGAGAAGCGCGAUUUUCACAAGAGAGGUCACGAGAACACGCUCGAGUUCGAAGAGUUGUCGGACGACGAUUUCGACGAGCAGAGGCCGCAGAAGGAGAGCGGGGAGAGGGCGAGAGAGUCGCCGGAUCUUUCUCACGCCACGAACCCUGCCAACCCGGAACAGGGCUGCCAAAGCAGUCCGGUAACGCCCAUCGAGGAUUUGGUGAACGCGCCGGGACGAUAUAACCGCCCGGCUCGGAUCGUUAUCAUAUUGAGGGGCCCGCCCGGCAGCGGUAAAACGUACCUCGCGAAGCUGAUCAAGGAUAAGGAGGUCGAGAAUGGUGGCUCCGCCCCCCGUAUCCUGUCCCUGGACGAUUACUUCCUGACCGAGCACGAAAAACAAGUGAUGGAAGAUGGUAAACUGGUGAAAAUAAAAGAGAUGAGGUACGAAUACGAGGCGGCGAUGGAGGACUCGUACAGGCAAUCGCUGGUUAAAUCGUUUAAGAAAACGAUCACGGACGGUUACUUCAAUUUCGUCAUCGUCGACAACGUGAACGACAAAGUCAAGUAUUUUGGCGAGAUGUGGAGUUUCGCGAAGCAGAACGGUUUUCAGGUAUACAUUUGCCAAAUGGAUUUGGACCCGCAGCUUUGCACCCGUCGCAACGUGCAUAAUAGGAGCGAAGCGGACAUCGAGGAGUGCAUAGCGGCUUGGGAACCCACCCCCUCUCACCAUCCGAUGGUGGACGCCACCGGUUUCCUCCAGAGUUUCAACACCAUCACCGAAGUCGAAAUGGAAGAAGUCGAUACGGAAAAGGAGGAGCGUGACCCAGGCGGUGCGGCGGGGGAUCAUAGUAGAAGCAAGUGGGACGCGUUCGACUGUUCCGUUAACAAUCUGGCGAAACUCGAUGGCGUCAACAAACCGCUGCGACCGUCCCGCACAAUGGAAGAGUACCUCCAGCUGGACGAUGACGUCUGGGAACCCACCGAACCAACAAAACCAGGACAGAAGAGGGUUCGAUGGGCCGACCUGGAAGAACAGAAACAACAGAAGAAGAUGAGGGCGUUGGGUUUCGUCGUAGGGCACACGAACUGGGACCGAAUGAUGGAUCCUUCGAGCGGAGCGAACGCGUUGAGGCAGACGAAGUACAUUGAGAGAGUGAAUCGUUUUUGAAGUGUUGACUUUUUCAUUAGUUUAAGACUGUAUGCACUUUACAUUAGGGCGUAUAUAUUGCUGGAUUACUAUUCUAAUUGUUUAGUCGCCGUUAUCAUAGAUCAAUAUCGCUACGAUUUAUUUUAUAUGGAAAUAAUUUAUUCAAUACAUUCUUGUAAUAUAUAUUAAAUUUUGUUUCAUUCCUUAGGCGAUAAAAAUAAAAAAAAAAAUGAAAA